CUAUUGGAUAUUUUCUUCUAGCUUGGUUUGGAAAAGACAUGGCAAAUGAAUAUAUCCUGUGUGGUGGAAUGUCCUGUGAACUGUCAGCUCUCUGACUGGUCAUCUUGGUCUGACUGCUCUCAAACAUGUGGCCUUACAGGAAAAAUGAUCAGAAGAAGGACCAUAAAUCAACCGUUUCAGGGAGAUGGGAGGCCUUGUCCUUCUCAAAUGGAGCAAUUCAAGCCCUGUCCAGUUAAGCCUUGUUAUCGAUGGCAGUAUGGUCAAUGGUCUGCAUGCAAAGUAGAGGAUGCUCAGUGUGGAGAGGGCACACGAGUGCGGAACAUUUCCUGUGUGGUUUUUGAUGGAUCCAGUGAAGAUGUAGGCAAAAUAGUAGAUGAGGAAUUCUGUGGAGAAAUAGAGCCUAUUAUAGAUGGUAAUAAAAAGAUGGUACUUGAGGAAACGUGCACUGUCCCUUGUCCAGGGGACUGUUAUUUGAAAGAGUGGUCAGAAUGGAGCCUUUGCCAGCUAACCUGUGUUAAUGGUGAGGAUCUUGGCUUUGGAGGCAUACAAGUCCGAUCUCGGGCAGUAAUCAUUCAGGAUUUAGAGAAUCAACAUCUUUGUCCAGAACAAGCUUUGGAAACAAGACCGUGCAGUGAUGGCCACUGCUAUGAAUACAAAUGGAUGGCUAGCCCCUGGAAGGGAUCUUCUCGAACUGUGUGGUGCCAAAGGUCAGAUGGCUUAAACGUCACAGGAGGCUGCUUAGUGAUGCGCCAACCAGAUGCUGACAGGUCAUGUAACCCACCAUGCAGCCAACCCCACGCUUACUGCAGUGAGACUAGAACAUGCAGUUGCGAAGAUGGAUACACUGAAGUUAUGUCCUCCGAUGGCACACUCGAACAGUGCACUCUCAUCCCAGUGGUGGUGAUGCCCACCAUGGAGGACAAAAAGGGAGAUGUGAAAACCAGUCGAGCUGUCAACCCUACCCAGCCCUCCACUAACCAGUCAGGACGAGGAAGGACCUGGUUUCUACAGCCUUUUGGGCCAGAUGGGAGGCUGAAGACCUGGGUUUAUGGUGUAGCUGCUGGUGCAUUUGUUUUACUCAUCUUUAUUGUUUCUAUGAUCUAUCUAGCCUGCAAAAAGCCAAAGAAGCCCCAGAGAAGGCAGAACAACCGGCUGAAACCUUUAACCUUGGCUUAUGAUGGAGAUGCAGAUAUGUAAAAUAUACUCACGGUGACAAAUGGAGUCUUAAUUAUUGGAUUGAAAUCAGAAGGUAUCCAAAGCCACAGGGAUUUUAUAUGGAGUGGAUUUAACUGUUUUGACUUUCUUUUUUGUAACUGUACUGUAGAUAAAGAUGGAUGGAUUUCAUAAUGCCUAUGGAUAUUCAAGGCAUUACUGCUUUACUUUAGACCAUCAACACUGAGAAAUCUGGCAGAAUCAAUUUAAUAGACACUACAAUGGGAGAUAUUUGUGGUCUUUCCUCAAUCCUACAAGCUAUAAGCACCACUUCUGUCUCCAGAAUACUGUAAUGAUAUUGUAUUAACAGUUGAAAGCCCCUGCUUUAACAUUAACCAAGUAUAAUGAGUACGCAUGAAGAGUUUGUACCAAGAGUUUGUAUGACUCUUUAUAUUCAAGCAGAGCACAUAUACUCAGUUGGAGAAUAUGUAUUACUCUUAUCAGAUUAUAUACUUGUUAAAGAGCAAUUUAGUGCUUUAUUACAUUAACUUUUAACUGAGAUUAACCCAUGAGCAAGUUCAGCAGUUUGGCAGUUGAUGACAACUUGUGUUAACCUGCAUUUCAGAGAGCAAUGACUCACUUGCAAAAUUCUGCCCUGUUAUCGCUCCAAAAUAUAAAGGCCUCAUAUACACAUCCAGAAAGGAGGCAUUCUCAGAUUCAAUAUUUUCUAGCGGUUGCUGUCUGGAAAAAGAAUAUCCACUGUAAAUGUUACAAUACAUUUCUACUUUCUCUAACUCAAACUGUUGCCUGCAUCUUUUUGCUACAUGUAAGGCAAUUUUUUGCACUAUAUUAGUGCAGCAUGAUAUGCACUUAACUAGUAUUGCCAUAGUAACCGCCUCUUUUCAGAAAGGAUGAUGAUGUAUCUUGUGCAAGGAGUGUCAAGUAGACAGGUCUUGAACCCUGAAGAGAGUAGCGUUCGGUUUGGACUGCGACUGGAUGGAAUCGGCUAACAACAUGUGCUGUACACACCGAUCCUCGUCACAGUGGCCACUUGUGGUCUAUAUCAUGGCAGUAAUACAAGUGUCUAGUUUCUUGCCCCAUCUACCUAUACAAGUAUAGAUUGUCCUGCUGGUUUCUAAUUGUACUUUGAAGGCUGUUUAUGACUAGAUUUUUUAUAUUUGUUAACUUUGUUAGAAAAAAAAGAAAAGAAAAAGAAAAGUGAUUGCCCUCUAAUCUUGAGUGAUAUUGUCUAAAAAGGUAUUCUAAUUGUUUGUUAGCUAAAAGAAAAAGGUUUGUGUUUUUUUUUUUUCUUUCCACUAGUGAGAGCAUUUUCACUGUUGCUGACAGUGCAAUAUUCAGAGCCCUUUUUAUCUUUUCUAAUUAGGAUAGUUGGAUGGACUCUUUUAAUUAUUCAGUUAAACUCUUGAGUGUAUUGGCAAGUAAACAAUAAUAGUUCUGCCAUUUUAAUUGUCAUAACUUUUUAAAGAAUUCUGGCAGUAUGAAAGCUCACUGCUAACCUCUUCCAUACUUAUGGCUUUUCAGUGUACACUUCUGACAUCAGGCUCAUUGACUUGCCAUUGUAUCUACAUGCCUGUUACACAUUCAUGACCUGAGAAGGAUGAUUCUCAUAAAAUGGCUUCUAUGUAUAGUCUGAAGCAAACAUAUAACUGACUGUGCCACUACUAAGCAAUACAUUUACAAAGUGUUUUCAGGCAACCUGUCAAAAAUAAUUGUUAUAUAAAGCUCAGUAUUAGGUUCUCAGGUCUUUUUUAUAACCUAAACCAUUUCUGCAUAUUCAUCAUACUAUUUACUCAAGAAGCACCCAUUUUUGCAUGUUGAAUAAAAUUGCAGCUUUGCAAACUUUGGCCCAGAUUCACUGAAAUCAGUGACAGCUCUCAGCGACAUCAGAGGAUGACAUCAGUCCUUAAAAAUACCUAUCUUUAUAGGUAUUUUUAAAACAGUUCUUGGAACCAAUGUGCAUUUUGUGCAAUCCAAGCAAAAAUCAUCCAACUUUUAGCUAGCUUAAAUUAGCAAUGUGGAAUUACUACAUUAAAAAAAAAAAAGAUCUUAUUGCCACUGCAUAAGUAUUCCCCUUAAUGGGAAUGGUAAGCAGAGAGGAAUGACAAUAACAAUCUUUUUGUACAUGUUUAUUUUCUCAUUUUAUACCUUGAUCCACAGCUGGUGAAGUGCCAUGGCCCCCUACCUCAGUAGUUGCUCAUUCAUACAUGUAUUGCAGAACUAGGGGCUUUGGUCUUGCAUUUCUGUGUGAAUAUCCAUAGGAAAGAACAAACGAACGAGAGAAGGAAAGAAGGAAAGAAAAGAAAGAAAAAGAAAGAAA